AUGAUAGAUUACGAGAAAAGCAUUAACAACCAUCAGAACUAUCCCUCCUCAUCUUCCUCCGAUCUUCUUCUUGCUAUCAAUGGAACCACAGUGAAUAAUAAAAGAAAACGGAGACCAGCAGGGACACCAGAUCCAGAUGCAGAGGUUGUAUCUUUAUCACCAAGAACGUUACUAGAGUCAGAUCGGUACGUGUGUGAGAUCUGCAACCAAGGGUUUCAGAGGGAUCAGAAUCUCCAGAUGCAUAGAAGAAGGCAUAAAGUACCAUGGAAGCUGUUGAAGAGAGAGAAGAAAGAUGAAGAGGUGAGAAAGAGAGUCUACGUGUGUCCUGAGCCGACUUGUCUCCACCACAACCCGUGCCACGCACUUGGAGAUCUGGUCGGAAUCAAAAAGCACUUCCGUAGGAAACACAGCAACCACAAGCAAUGGGUUUGCGAGAGAUGCUCAAAAGGAUACGCUGUUCAAUCUGACUACAAAGCCCAUCUCAAAACAUGCGGCUCACGCGGUCAUUCUUGCGACUGCGGCCGCGUUUUCUCCAGGGUGGAAAGUUUCAUAGAGCACCAAGAUAGUUGCACCAUCCGGCGACCUCAACCCACCAACCAGGAUGAACCCACAAAAGUGGGGUUCGAGGCUCUACAACUGCACCUUGAAGCUUUUUUGACCCCACAUAUUUUUGUUUCUGGGUUCGCCACUGCCACCAACCCCCCACGUUCUAUGCAGAACACAGGGGCACAUGCACCUCCAUCAAGAACCCUUUCUACCACAAGCAUUAGCCCAUUAUUGCAUGGACUUCCUUUUUUGAGGCCACCACAAGAGUCCGAUCAACAGUCACUAGCUUUCGCUUACCCUUUCGAUCCUUCAUCGUCUCCUUUAGAAAGCCUCCAGCUUCAACUAUCCAUAGGAAUGGCGAAAACAUCAACAAACCUGAAAAGAAACGAAAAGGAAGAAAUGAGUUUAGCAAUGGAGAGAGCGAGCGAGGAAGCGAGGAGGGCUGAGGAAAUGAGACAAGAAGCAAAGAGGCAGAUAGAGAUGGCAGAAAUGGAUUAUGAGAAGGCUAAGAGUAUAAGGAAAGAAGCCAAAGCCGAGCUGGAGAAGGCUCAGUUUGUUAGAGAAGAAGCAAUGAAGAGAGUUAAUGCAACAAUGUUGGAGAUCACUUGUCGUUCUUGCAAGCAACUGUUCCAGCUCCCCGUUGUGGCUGAUGAGAGUAAGACGUCUCUUAUUAUGAGUUAUGUUUCCUCGGCGACAACGGAAGGGGAACGCGAAUGA